ACUCGGCGCGUGCCCGGGUAGCCCGUGGUAACACCUAGUCUGCGGAAGUGGAGACGAGCGGGCAGGCGGCUGACACAGGGGACUGAAAGUUGUGGAACCCUAAUUUGUGACAUCGGGUGUUUUUUGGUAAGCAGCCAUUUAUGACUCUGGAAGAUUGGGACUGACAGGAAGCCCCUUCUGAGAUUUAAACAAAGUUCUCGAACAACACCUAUACCAUGGACAUAAAGCUGGAUCCUUCCCGAGAUGACCUGCCUCUCAUGGCCAACACCAGCCACAUACUUGUGAAGCACUAUGUACUGGAUUUAGAUGUGGAUUUCGAAAGUCAAAUCAUUGAGGGCACCAUAGUGCUUUUCUUCGAGUCUGGAAAUAAAUUCAAGAAACAGAGUAGUUCCACUGAGGAAACCUACCCAUCAGAGUCAAACAAAGCCUGCAAAUUUAGGACGCCUGAACCCUGCCAUAUUCCUGUAACAAAUACAAGGACCGUCUCAUCUAAAAUGGGAUAUAAUGAUUUUGUAAUCUGUGGUAAAGGUGAAAAAGAUACGUCUGGUAAAGAUGAUAACCAUGACAACCAGGAACAGGCUUCUGGGAUUUCUAGCUCAAAGUACUGCUGUGACGCAGGGAAUCAUGGGAGUGAGGAUUUUUUGCUAGUGUUGGACUGCUGUGAUUUAUCUGUGUUAAAGGUUGAGGAGGUGGAUGUUGCUGCUGUGCCAGGUAUUGAAAAAUUUACAAGGUCUCCCAAGCUCAGGAAUCAGAUUGUAUGUGAACUCGUGGCUCUGCCUGCAGAUCGUUGGAGGGAGCAGUUAGACUAUUAUGCUCGCUGCAGCCAGGCUCCUGGUUGUGGGGAACUCCUGUUUGACAUUGACACUUGGAGCUUACAGAUCAGGAAGACAGGGGUUCAGACAGCUACUGACUUUCCUCAUGCCAUAAGGAUACAGUACACAACCAAACCCCAGGGGCGAUCAGUUACGUGGACCUCAGACCAGAGUGGCAGGCCAUGUGUUUAUACUAUGGGAUCGCCCAUAAACAACAGGGCCCUUUUUCCAUGCCAGGAGCCACCCGUUGCCAUGUCAACAUGGCAGGCUACGGUUCGAGCAGCUGCAUCUUUUGUUGUUUUAAUGAGUGGGGAAAAUUCUGCCAAGCCAACACAGCUUCGGGAAGGAUGCUCAAGUUGGCAUUACUACGUAACCAUGCCAAUGCCAGCCUCCACCUUCACAAUUGCAGUAGGAUCCUGGACAGAAACGAAGCCAGAGAUCUGCUCAUCAGAUGAUCUGGCAACAGAGAAAUCCUUCUCACCUUUCGAGGCUGACUUCAGGUAUGCUGGUGUUUGUGGUCACAUGGAAUACCCCUGCCGCUUCCAGAAUGCUUCUGCCACCACCCAGGAGAUAAUUCCUCAUCGGGUCUUCGCUCCAGUGUGCCUGAAGGGUGCCUGCCAAGAGACCCUUCUGCCGCUGAUCCCUCCUUGCCUCUCAGCAGCACACUCUGUCCUGGGAACACACCCGUUCUCCAGGCUGGAUGUACUCAUUGUUCCUGCCAACUUUCCGAGUCUGGGGAUGGCCAGCCCACACCUCGUCUUCCUCUCUCAGAGCACCUUGACUGGAAUGAGCCAGUUCUGUGGGACCCGUCUCUGCCAUGAAAUUGCUCACGCCUGGUUUGGCCUGGCUAUCGGGGCCCGUGACUGGACGGAAGAGUGGCUCGGUGAAGGGUUCGCCACUCACUUGGAAGAUGUAUUCUGGGCCAAGGCGCAGCAGCUGGCCCCCCACGAGGCCCAGGAGCAGCGGGAGCUGAGGGCUUGCCUGCGCUGGCGUCGCCUCCAGGACGAGGUGCGGAACUCCCCGGAGGAUAUGCAGGUGUUGAGACCCAAUAAAGAGAAAACUGGCCAUGUGAGUGACUCAGGAUCUUCUGUCAUCAAACACGGGCUCAAUCCGGAUAAGGUCUUCAUGCAGGUUCAUUAUUUAAAGGGCUAUUUCCUUCUCCGGUUCCUUGCCAGAAGACUUGGAGAUGACACCUAUUUUUCAUUUUUAAGAAAGUUUGUGCACAAAUUUCAUGGGCAGCUGAUUCUUUCCCAGGAUUUCCUUCAAAUGCUGUUGGAGAGCAUCCCAGAAGAAAGAAGGCUUGAGUUGUCUGUUGAAAACAUCUUCCAAGACUGGCUGGAGAGUUCCGGAAUACCACAGCCGCUGCAGAGGGAGCGCCUGGCCGGGGCGGAGUGCGGGCUCGUGCGGCAAGUGAGCGCCGAGGUCGCCAAAUGGGUCCGAGUGAACAGGAGACCCCGAAAACGGAAACGAAAGGAGACAGAAGAAGUGUUGGAAAAGCUUCUUCCAGACCAGCUGGUCUUGCUUCUGGAGCAUCUCUUGGAGCAGAGGACUCUGAAUCCCCGAACUCUGCAAAGACUUGAGAGGACGUACCACCUCUCGGAGCAGGAUGCAGAGGUAACCAGGAACACCCUCAGGAUUUACACUGUUCGCCAUCGAUGGUGUGAACUUGUUGUUAAGCACAAAUACACAGAAGCGUACGGAAACGUGGAGAGGUUCCUUCAGGAGGAUCAGGCCAUGGGCAUCUACCUCUACGGGGAGCUGAUGGUGAGUGAGGAUGCCCGGCAGCAGCGUCUCGCCCGCAGGUGCUUCGAGCUGAGCAAGGAGCAGAUGGACAGAUCCUCAGCAGAGGUGGUGGCCGAGAUGUUAUAUUAAAGAGGAAAGAUCACAGCGAGAUUCUUUUUCAUGCAUCUACUCGUAGCCCUGGUGGGACCAGGAUCACAUUGACCCUGGACAUCAAAGGAAGGAUUAUGGGGCUGCUAAAGCCAUCAGCCGGCAGCAGUGUGCACACUGGGGCGACCUUCCCAGAGGCCGUGGCCCUCACGGUGGAGCCCGUGUCAGAGGCACAUCCUUGUAAACGGUCUCCACAGGGCUGUGUGAUGCCUCUGUGCCCACCCUGGCUGUGCCACCUCAAGAUCCUGAAUCUGAAUUGAGUCUCCCCUGUGAGUUCAAUGCAGUUUUCACACAAAGGUGGAAGAUACCUGAGGCCCGUCGGAAGCCCUGCUGAACCUCCUCCAUCCGUCCCUCAGCGUGUGGAUGUUUGUUUCUGUGCUUCCAGAAGGUCAGGGUUUCUGCGUACUGGGACCACCUCUGCGGGAUUACUUUGAUUGAUUAGGUCCUGUAUUUAGAUUUUUCCAAAAUUUUAGUACCUUUUGGUAGAAGUACAGGAUAACACUCGAAGAUGUAUUAAUAAUAAAAUGUAAUGGAUUCGUUUUUUCUUUUCUUCCUGUUUGCUUCCUAAUUUAAUACUGUUUUUGAAAAGGAAAAAAAAAACGUGGAAGAAGAGGGUAGUCUCCUCCUCCUGGUGUCAUUCUUCUCUCACCUUACUGGUUUUCUCUGUAGUUUUCAAGGUGGUGCUGCUGUUCCUGGGAGGACAGUGGGCCCCCUGCUCCUGAUGGAGGUACCAUCGGGCACCGUGGGGUCUGUGGUGAUGUUGCCUCGUUUCCCACAAAUGUUUGAAGUUAAAAAAAUAAAAUAAAAAUAAGCUUCUCAGGACUGUCCAAAGGGAAGGACGGCUUUAAAACGCUCCAGAAGCCACAGUGGUUGGUGCGGUCACGUGAUGGCGAGAGGCUGAGCGGAGCGGGAGGGAACUGACCCGCCUGCAGGGGCUGCGCUCGCGGGGCCGCGGACCCGCCGGUGGGGGGACGUGCGGCUCCACACAGCCCUUCGUUAGGAGCUCCUGACCUUCAGAGUUACUUAACAGUGACCGUCACUCCGGAAGGGUUCCUACGGGUUGGUUCUUUGCCGUUACGUGUGCUCUGCCUAUGGUUGUAUGUGCUUUGUUCACCAUGUUGGUGGAAGAAUAAAAAUUCGGUUUUUAAAUAUGAAGAAAUGUCAGGACGCUGUUCUCUGUGAAGACUUCGAAUAAAUGACUCUUUCUCCCUCUGGUCGGCGUGAGUCUGGUCCUUUGUGCGGCGGAGCAGGAAGCCCGGGCACAGCCUGCUGCUCUGUGCACCACAGGGGCUGCGGGUGACCAACCAGCCUGGUGGUUUGCUUUGGUCUUGUUUUUCCGAAAAGUUAAAGCCACGCUUUGUCAUCUUUAGAAACUGCUGAGGCCAAGGCGAGUGUCCGCAUGAGUGGCUUCGCGCUAAGACGGCUGGUCCCCUGGCCCUGUGGCCGGGGGUCCCGCGCUGGCUCCGAGCUCGGGUCCGGCCCGCAGGCGGCCGGUCCUGGCGGGGCCGUCGGGACCCGAGCGCCGCCUCGCCGGGGCUGUGGGUAGCUUGCCUUCCCGCCUGUAGGCUGGCGCUCUUGCGGGAGGGGCUGUGCCUGUGGGGAGGGAGGGGCGAGCGGCCUCCCUCCAGCUUCACCCCGCACCCGCUCCGUUCAGGCUCCGGGACUCCUGGGGCGGGUUCUCCGCGCUGGCCCUCCGUACCUCCCGCUAGGGCUGCGGAGGGCGUGCUGUGGAGGAGCCUGAGGCCAGGGCCUGGCAGGCGCUGCCGGGUUCCAGAGUGGCCACCAGUCAGUCAGAAGACAGGCGUGUAAAGCCAGCACCCUGCGUUCUUACGCGAUGCAUUUGUUUUGAAAAAAGUUUCAUGUGGGUGAUGGGCAGGUUCCCCAGGGCACGUCAUGGAACUUAGGCUGCUUUAUCAGCACGACGCGGGCACCUCCUGAGGGAUGCCUCAGUCCAGGCGGGAGUGUUUGCCGAGGGGUCAGGAGCCCCGGGGACAGAGGCUGGCUGUCUCGGAGAGGCAAGGGUGCGGGAGCCUGCCCUCCCCAAGUUCCCCCUGUGGGUCAGGCCUGCACAGUGCUGUCCCCAAGGUCAUAUACUAAGCGACAGGCGGGAUUUCAGUGUGUCCACCUGGCUCGGGAUUCUCCUCCCCCGAGUCCCUUUCAGGGUGUAGACUGUCUCUUCGGUAAUAAACUCCUCAGGGAUUCCUGGCCUUGUCCUUCAGCCAGAAGAGACUUGAGACACCUGCGCUCCUCACCCAGUUUGCUGUGAGGGGGUCUGGCUGGGGCCCAGGGAGCACGUCAACUUGAAUCUGGAACAGUUAUGUCCCCGCGGGGAAGUCUGGCACUCACUUUCUCAGGGGCACAACUUCUGAUCUUUGCUGCCCCAGGAAGUAUACCUUUCCAGCCUCAGUGUUCCCCCUGUCACGUUCCCAGGGUGAGCGGACGGGACGGCAUGAGCUCUGCCCUCCAGGCAGAGUAGAGGAGAUGAGCCGACAGGAGCCGGUCUGGUCACUAACCAGGUGAUGCCUCCGUCCAGAGGGGGGGGCCAGAGCACAGGAGGCGCCCAGCGUGAGCUUCCGUCGGCGCCCUGGUCUGGUGGAAGCGAGGAAGCCCCAGCCCGUGCCCCUUCUGCCGUUGCGUCCGUCGGGCUCCGGACCGCCGGCGGCAUUCGUGGCCGGCAGGGGCCAGUCGUGGGAGAGGACGGCUUGCUCUUUCAGCGCCAUGGUCGGUCCAGAGCUGUUGGUGGGGUAACUCGGCCUGGUUCGCGGGCUUGUGAAACCCGGGUGAGAAGAGGAGAUCUUGUUCCCUGAGCGAGUUAAGGGGUUAAUUGUCAAGCGACUGUCCUCUCCCCGGAGAACAAAGGACUCCACAAAUGGAGAUGCUCUCCUACCCGUCCCCACGUGCCUGGCUGUCGGGACCCGAGGUCGGGGAGGAGAUGGGAAAGAAGUCAAGAGAAGGGGUUCAGGUCUCUCUCUUGGCCUCUAUUUUAGGAUUAAAGGGUUUCAGGCACUUAGCUUUAUUGGAAUUUCACGUCAAAACAUCGAAAUUACAGUCUCCAUCCCAAACGAGGUACAGAGAUGUCGUGUUAGGCAGAACCCAGUGCCCCAGUGGCAGCAACCAGAAAUAGCAAACCUCAUCCCUAACGUUAACCCAUCGCUUUCAAAUGAAAACCUCUAAAAGGUUUCAGGCAGGUACUUCCAGUGCAUUCUGGGUUUCCUGCAACUGGCCUGACCGCACGGACACUCAGCAAAGCCCCAAGCAGUGCCGUGGAGGCGGCUAGGCUGCCGUGCGGGGCGGUCUGCUCGCAAAGGGUUGCCUCGGCCACAGCCGGCCUCACCAAAGGCAGCUGGAAAGCAAAAGCUGAGUGACUCAUCAAGGACUGGUUGUUUCAGAGCGUGAUGCUCUUGGCCAGCCACCUCCUCAUUCUAUGGAUGGAGCCGGCUGGAUGGGAGGGUGAGGCGUGGGAGAAGGAGUCUGCCCAGAACUUGUGCACGGCCGACCUGCCCUGCAAGUAAGCACAGUGUCCCACCAUCUCCUGCCAAACAGAACUCCGGGUGUCCCAAGCCUGUGGCCUCCCUGGGGCGGCAGGCCGGCCACACCCCAUUCCUGAGAAGUCAGCGAGGGAGAUGCUCCCCCGGCACUUGGCCACCAGGUUACAAGUGCCAGCAGGUGACAGGGCUUUGCUAGAUGAUUCUUUACAGCAUCCCUUCCCCAGGGCACCUUGGACUGGACCACCUCAGGGUGCAGAGAGAGGGUGGGGAGCCCUCUGUGCAGGGCCCAGCCACGGCAAAGACUCUAUACAAGGUGCCAGGACAGUGGUGAGCCCAGGCCUAGACCUCCCGGAGCUGCCUCUGUCCAAGGAGGGCUGGAGCACUGGGGGUCUAAAGCCCAAGGGACCUGGGCGUUUGAAGGGCUGCCUGGACCUCCCAGGGCGGUGCCCAGAGGCCAAGCUCAGUGAGGAGAGCUCUUAACCCCCCAGGCCACUGUCCCCCUCGCCCUCCCUGGCUGGGCCCUGGGGGUUUACAAGGUGGAAGGGAGGAGAAGCUGGUUGGGGCCAUUCACGGGCAAGGUUUUAUAGAUCUUUUCCCAUCCUUUGGUGCUGUCUGGGAGAUUGAUUGGCUAAUGAGGUAUUUCUGUUCCAGUCUGAUGACUAGAGAGGGUGUGAGAAAAAAAGAGGGAGGAGGCUGUCAGCCAAGCCUGGGGGCGGAAGGAAGUUACCAUAAAACUACAAACGUUCCCAGUGGUUCCCAGGACUAGCACAGUCUGCUGAGAGAGCCUCCUGCCUGGAUGGUGGGUGGGCAUCGGGGCACCCUGGCAUCGGAGCAUCAGAGCAGAGGCAGACCCAGCGCUGGUGGGAAGGCCAGCCAGAGGAGCCCGCUCUUGGGGGCUGGGCCUGAGAAAGGGGGCUGGUGACGGUACCAGAACCCCGCGCUGGUCUGCGUGUGCGUGUCUGGGAAUGCGAGUGAGUGCAGAAAUGCAGAUAAAGGCCUCUCUGACCACACGUUUUCCCUGGUCCAGACACAGCUCCCAUAAAACCAAUCGGCCCUGCCAAGUGUCGUUUGAGAUGAAACGAGUUCAGGGAUUUGGCUUCUCAGCCCCAAGGACCGAAACGGGACAAACUGCUCCAGAGACCUGUCCGCGGCCUCCUGUGUCACCCGCCUAGGCCCCCAGCCUUUUCUGGCUGCUCAGCACCGCCCGGGUGGCUGAGGGGGGCCGGCUGGGCCACCCUCGCAGGAUGCCCACCUUGGGGGGCAGAGCUCUGCCCCGCCGGGGAGCCUUGCGCCUGCUUCCCAAACAGCUCCUCUGUGGCUUUGUCUGGGAAGCAGAGGGGACUGGGCACACGUUGCGGAUUCUGUUUUCUUAAGCCUUCUUCGUGCUCUUUCUGCCUGUAAUUUCCUCCAGCUCCGGCCUUUGGGGAUGGUUCCACCACUGAAAACCUGGCCCAGAAGGUGUUCUUACCUGUGGGGUGGAGGAGGUGCUGAAACUGCAUGCCGUUUGGGCCCUAACUACACUGCCUGGAGUCCCAAGUUCGGAAAGUUCAUUUCCGCUCUAAUAGGCUGUCCUUGUCACAUGAGGUCUGGCAGGACAGGCCUUGGAAGCAGAAACGUGUGUCCUAAGACUGGUGAGGACGUUCUUGGUAAGAUUAGAAAGGCAGGAGUGAUGCCUCCGGUUUUCACGUUCUGACUGCAAGAUUUAAGUCUCCCAGGACUUUGACAUCAGUUACGUCUAAGGAGGGAGGCUCAAGACAAUGUGAAUUAUGGGGAUAAAUCAGCGAUUAGAUAGGAGCCAAUUUUAGAGUUCGCCGAUGAGACAGUACAGGUACAAUGGUGCCCUUAUGUUGGGUUGUAAAGAAAAGACGUAAGGGAAAGGAAUUGUAGCUUUAUGAUUUUAUCUGCUUUAAUAAAUUAAAUGAUAACGUUGAGGGAGAGAGAACUGCAGAAAUCGUGGCUUCAGCGCAGCUGGGGGUGGAGAAGGCGUUUUGUAGAGCAAGAGAGUGAUUAUUAGUGAUGGCAGAAGCUGGGCAGAUGGACAGAUUGACAUCAGGGGAGUUGGGUCAUGGCCCACAGACUGCCCCAACUCGGGGGACCAAAGCCCCGGUCCUCAGGCCACCCUCCCUCUAGGUCGGGGUACCUCCUCUUUUUCUAGAAAACUCUCUGUCCAGUACUAGAACAUAAGUCCUAUAAAUCGGCUGUAAAGAUGCCACCGUGCUGGUGGCAGAGCAGGGGCGCCAGCGCAGGGGUCUCCUUUCUGAGUUACAGGUGGGGAUGGAGGCCUCCUUUUCUCUGCAGCGUCAUUUAACAAUGAGUCUCUCUUGGAACAGACAAAUACAAAUCUUCCUUCACACACUGAUGAUUAUAAAUUCUUUUUGCACACAUCACAGAUAUAAACAGUAUAUCAACAGAAAGCGCGCGCUGCCCCACCUCGUCCUGCCCCUCCUCCAAGGCCACCGCCGUGAGGAGCGUGGCGGCAGAGACUGAGGCGGUGCCGCAGCACACGCGCGGCAGGGUGUACACCGUUCUUUCAGUGGCUCCAUUGUCUGGACAUCACACAGCUCAAGAGGCAGUGGUCACAGUCUCCUUAGGUCCUUUUGUUCAGAUCCCAGCCCUGCUAGCUGUCACCUGUGUGUAACCUCUCUGGGCUUUGGUUUCCUCAUCUAUAAACCAUGGACAACUUCGUUAGGUGGUUGUGAGAAUUAAAUGAAUUAAUUUAUGCAAAACUCUGAUAACAGGGCCUGGCAUCAGCUAUAAAGGUAUGUGUUACCCUUUGAUGGCUGGUUUACUUCAUUCAACCAGCCCUCUACUGAUGAACCUGUGAGUGGUUUCCAGUGGGCAGCGAUGUGAAGCUGCACUGCGAUAAAGCCCUGGGCAUUUCGCAUAUGCCCGGGCACCAGUGUGUCUGUGGGAUAAUUUCUAGACUUGCUCAUGGUGGGCCCACGCAACCUGAAGUGGGGGAAGGCAGCUCUGAAGAACUGGCUUUUUGUUACUAGAUAAAAGGAUACAUAGUUUAAAAUUUUUUUAUUCAAUGCUCUACCGUGGUAACACACAUAAAAUUUACCAUUUUAACCAUUUUCAAGUGUACAGUUCAGGGGCAUUAGGUACAUUCACAUUGUUGUGCGGCCAUCACCACCAUCCGUCCAUCUCCAGAACUUUUUUAUCACCCCAAAGUGAGACUCUCACCUGUUAAACAAUAACCUGGAAGAGAAUGGAAUUCUCUCCUGCAGCCCAUGGCACCUGUACGGUAACAGAAUUACCAUAUGAUCCAGCAAUUCUACUUCCAGAUGUAUCCCCAAGAUAACUGAAAGCAGAGACUCAAAGAGGUAUUGGUCCACCGAUGUUCAUAGCAGUAUUAUUCACAAUAGCCAAAAGGUAGAAAUGUCCACCGUCCUAUGUUCUGUCUCUCCAAAUUUGAUGGUUCUAGGUACCUCAUAUGAGCGAAAUCAUACAAUGGUGUCUUUUUUUGUCUGACUUAUUUCACGUAGCAAAAUAUCCUCAAGGUUCAUCCCUGUUGUAGCGUGUGUCAGAACUUCAUUCUUUUUUAAGGGUGACUAAUAUUCCAUUGUAUGGAUAUGCCACAUUUUGCUUAUCCACUCACCUGUCGAUGGACAGUUCUAUCCACGCCUGCUGUGGGGUCUGGGUUUGCAUCUUGCAUAGAAAGGGUUCCCUUUCUGGCCUGAGGGCUGAAAACAGGAUUCUUGGAUUCUGCCUCAGACCCCUUUCCCCGCUCCCGUGGAGAAGGACCCUCUCCUCCCCUCAAAGGACUAAGAAGUCUUCUUGGAAGCAGUGACCCAAAGGCUUUGAACUUGCAGACCCCAGGCAGUGGGGAGGGGGAGGCCAGGGGCUGAAAUCAGGGUUUAAUGUGAAAGUCUGCCAACCACAGGUGAGCAAGAAAUUCUUAAUGAAAUACAAGAACAUUCUUUCUACAUUUUGGGAGUAGGAAAGUCUUGAUUUUAUAAACUAAUUUUGUACUUAUCUGAGUAAUAGACUGUCUUCUCAGAGUGGCAGCAGCCUUCCAACCACCCUCAUCCCUCCUCUUUUUCCAAGCAGAACUGCUAGUUUUCUCCGGAGAAAACCCACAGCCCCAGAGAGGAAACCUCCAGAUACUUUGGUGGUAAAGAAAGAGGGCUAGGCAUUUUUGUGUGUGUUUAUUAUUAUCUAAGAAGUAGAGCUCCAACGUAAUUUCUCAGCACCAUCUUUCCCUGCUGAUGGAAAUGCCUUUACCAUAUAUUAAAUCCCUGUAAGGACUAAUUCAACAAAUAUUGGGCACCUGUUGUAUGCCUGAACUGUUCCAGGCACUUGUAUUGGGGACGGUCAAGUAUAUAAGUAGACUACGUGGGGUCUAGAAGGUGUUAUGUGUUAGGGACGAAAGCUGAGGGGUGGAGAGUGGGGUGCCACUGGAGACGGGGGCGUCAGGCCAUACGGAGGUGGUGACGUGAGCAGGUGAGGGAUGGCUGUGCAUGUCUGGGGAAGGUGUGUGUGCAGGACAGUGCAUGCAAAGGCCCUGGGCCCCCGUGGCUGGAACAGGUGGGUGUGUGAAGGGGUCACAGAGAAUAUUAGGUGGUGAAGUCAGAGAGUAAAAGGGGGCCCAUACUGUGUAGGGCCUUGAAAGCCAUUUUAAGAGUGUUGAGUUUUACUGAAUGAAGACGGGAGUUUUUGUCGUGCUUUGAUCAGGGGUGUGGCAUGAUGGAACCAGCAAGGGAUCGCAGAGAUGCUGCAGAGGGGCCAGGGCGGCGGUGGGGAGAGCAGGCAGAUGCUGGUGUCUGCGAGGAGGGCAAGGAACGGUCCGAUCCAGCGACGUCCUAGUGACUCAGACGUGGGGGUGAGAGAGGAGUGAAAAAUAACUACAGGAUUGGGCCUGAGUCCCUGGAAAGACGGGACGGCCAUCGACUGACUUGGGAAGACUGUGGUUUGGGGUCAGGGGGUUGGUGGCAGCUUUGGACCUGUUAGUUUGACAUGGUCACCUGACCUCCCGGUGGAAACAGCCACUGGGCCGUAGGUAUUCAGGUCUGCGGUCCGGGGAGGGUGCGGCCCCUCUGCACAGAGGUGGCUCGUGGAAAGCCCAGCAGAGUGAGGGUACACGUGGUGGCCCGGGCGCACCCGCCAGGCCGAGGUCAGCGGUUGAGCAGGGCCCAGCCCCCUCAGGCUGAGGGGAAGCCCUGGAAUGUUCCACCAGCCAGAGGAAGCUGUCAGGGAGGAUGGAGACCCAGUGGGUCAGGUACUGCCCGGGCUGGUGCAGGAGGCCUGAGAAUGGUUGGCCGGAGCCCCAAGGAGGGCCCUCGUCAUAAUGAGUCGAGCUUUAGAAUUUGUGCGUACUCUUCAUUAUACUCCAUCACACUUCACUUUCAGGAUCUUCCUGGCUGUUCUUGAACGUUUAUUCUUCCAUAUGAAUUUUGGAGUCAGAUCACGUAGUUCUCCUAUUAGGAUUCUAUUAAGUCUAAUUUAUCUCUCUAAGACAGUUACUGUUUCUAUCCAGGAUAUCUUUCCAGAAGGAAAGAACCACCAGUUAGAGAGCAGUGGUUCUCAACUUGGCAAUGUCUGGACAAAGUUUCGAUCGUCGCUCCUAGGCUGGCACCUAGCUCACAGAGGGUGGGAUCAAGCCGCCGCCACAGAGACUUACCCGGUCCCCAGGGUAGUAGCGCCACACUGGAGAAGCCUAGCCUCAGAUGCCUGCACGCUGGCUUUCUGCUAAGGGCCCUCGUCUUCCUUUUCUUACUGAGUAGAGUAUCGGGCUGCUGCAUGGCACUCAUCCUUCUGCAGUGCUCGAGAAGAGUAGACAAUAGGUAGUGUUGUGGACGUUCUUAAUUCUCUUCCGCCCCCCAGGCUCUGGCCCCUUCCUGUCUGUGGGAGAUGCAGUUGGCGGUGUCCAGUACCAUCACAGAAGCGAAACCAGCUCCACACCUGCUUUACCCAGCUCCCCUUACAGCCUAAGUGCGGGUGGGGGACCUGGGCUUCUCUAGUCAGAUGCAGCAGCCGGGACUGCGGCCAGCCCUUCAAAGAGCGGGGUGCAGGGGCCUGUCUCGCCACUGAAGGUUGCAGACCUUGCAGGACGAGCUACAAGGGUUGCAGAAUUCAGUGACAGCAGCAGCAGCAAUUUCCUCACCAGGCCACUCUGAAGCCGGGUUUUGGGCACUGCUGCUGGCUGGCUAGAGCUAAGCCUCGUCUGCCUGACAAUUCUGUGGGCUUUUAAAUACCCUUUGGAUUGCUUCCCUUUUGCUUUCAACAUCGUGUCUGUUUCUGUUGCUUGCAACCAAGAAUCCUGACUGAUUCACAUGGAUUCAUCAUAUGGUGCGAAACACCAGAAGUCGAGAUUUUCAACAUUGAUUUAUGAGACUUUCUACUUCUACAGAAAAGCUAAGAAGUGUGAAACUUUCAGUAUCCAAGCAUGCAAGUUUCCUACCCAAAACACCAAGUACAAUAAGCUAUAUCACAGUUAUGUCAGUACUGGGGAAAAAGGGAAGGUCCUACAUUAUCAACUUCCUUUAUUACUGUCAGUCUAUAUAUGAGAGAGAUGAUCUGGACCCAUGCUAUAAACAAACUGUGGACUUGAAUUUUACAAGAAGGCUUUAAGACACAUUUAUUUUGCCUUAAUUUUGGUUCUUUAAGAGUGAGAUGGUUUGGUGAUGAUUAAUAACUUAGGAUUGUUUGACGAAAUCCAUGUCACACCCAGUGUCAGGCAGAGGAAGGAUGCCAUCACCAGCAGUGCUGGCUGUGGGUGACGUGGUGAUGGGCUGGCAGAGGAAGAGGAAGGCAAGGACAGCAACACAGUCAAGUUCAUUCUCGUCCUCCUUGGAGAGCACCAUUUGGAUUCCUUGUCGAAUAAGGAAGAACAUUCCUCACGUUUGUUCUCACGGUGCAAACGCCAGGCCCCUUUGGGUAACACAGGGACAGGCUCAGUUUAGAUUUUCCUCGCAUUUCUGCCCACUGCCCAGGUCCGCAUCCUCUCCAGGUACCCCUUCCAGUCCCUGUCCUUGACUCCUCCACUUCGAUGGAAAGUGUAGCUUUCUGCUGGCCUCUGGAAGGACUCCCAUUUUUGUCUAGUACCCUUGUCCCAGCAAGAACGGGGCCGAGAACGGGGCCGAAUGAAGAAGCCGGAGCCCAGGAACGCCCGGACAGGGGCUUGUCCCCAGGUGCCCUCUGCUGUCUCAGAUGCCUCCUGGACAAGAUAAGAGGCCCUCAGCGCCCGGUGUCAGGAAGCAGAGUGAUCGUCCAGAAAACCCAUGCAGGCUGCUUGCAGUAAAACCGGGAGCGGCCAGGGUCCUGUGGGAGCCACGGGACGCGCGCUUCAAGGUGAGUGGAGCCGCGGGCGGAGUCCCUCCUUCCUGACACCCAGGGGAGCCCGGGGAGGCCGGAGCGCCAGGGCCAUGAGUCUGAAACAGCAGAACGAGCAAGAGGGUGGGCUGUGCUCGUCAGAUGCAUUCCCGCUUGAGCAAUGGGGGAAGCAAUGUGUAGGUCAAUUCAGCUGACACUCAGUGGUAGUAUUUAGGUCUGGCUUAAAGGG